AUGACGAUACCAGAGUAUCUCUCUGGAUUUGCCGAAUUUUCCCACUUCAUCGCAAGCGACGACGUACUCUCUAUAUAUCGUCGUUUUGAAACUUUAAGUGCACGCAAUAAUCUUUAUCUACAAGCUGAACUCCAGUAUCUUGAGUUCCAACUCAAUCAGCUGGACGAGGAAGAUGCCCUUUUCAUCAAAACGGCUGCACCAGGAAGUGGAAAGAAUAACGUUGAAGAGGCGGCGCGAUUAUGGGAAAGUUUCUCUGCUCAAGUUGAUGCGGGAAUCGAUCGCCAAGUGAAGCGAAUGGUUCUUAUUAAACGAAUUCGAGAGCUUAUGAAAGAAUAUGAAGAAUCCCUUCUCCGACGCUCUCAAAUUCUCUCUCUCCCCAAGCCCAAUCCUCAAUCACUAGACGCUUUCACAAGCUUUUUCUACACCAAAACUCCCUUUCUAGGGCCUAGCUACGAGCUUUUAUCUUCCUCCGGAUCUCUUCUUUCACUAAAACUAGAUACCGAGGGCCCAGACCGGAUUUCCACCUUUAUUCAACGCUAUUUCGGCUAUUAUCUCGCUGUUCCCGAUCCCACUCGUCCGCCAUCAUGGCAACCACUUUACUAUUUCCCCGCUCGUCGCAUUGCUCGCAUAGUCGCUUGUUUAAGCAUUUUUAUUUCUGCUCUAUUGGUAGUAGGCGCCAUACUCACGCUCUAUUAUAUCCCAAGUACAGAGAUCGGAAAGAGAGUGGCUGCGAUUGGUGCUUUUACAACUUCGUUUGCUGUCGCUGUGGUAUCGUUGACGAAUGCGAGGAGAGGGGAAGUUUUUGGUGUUACUGCUGCUUAUGCAGCGGUUUUGGCGGUGUUUUUGAGUGUACCGUCGCCUUCUUAG